AUGUCUGACCAACAGCUUCCAGAUCCCGUGGUUCAGCAUGCAUUUGUCUCAGCUCUUUCCAAGCACUUGGAAUUGGUAGAAACUUCGUUAAAAUCGCAGAGCUUUCCCGCUGGCCAGACGGAAGAGGAAACCAUCCAGUUCCAGGAUUUGGCCAACGACCUCAACCAGGUUAGAACAGCUAGUCUUUCCAAGAUAUGCUUGUACAAUGACUACUUAUACUGGAAGAAACAUCCCAAAUACCCCCAGAACGCCACAGCUACGAUGGCUGACUAUGCCCGCCUGUCCCCCUCUGGAAUUUCAGUCGAACUCGCUAAGAACCUCUUGGGCCCAGAACAAGCCGCUUACGAUGUACCAUGGAAAACUGAAACAAUUGAUAUAAUUAGCAGUAUCGAGGGAAUUGGCUCUGAAACGAGCAGACCCAAUACCACAGCACCGUUUGAAAUUGGUACUUCAGCUAACGGUAGCUCUGCUAACACCGAGUCAGGGAUUGCCUCUAAUGUCAGCGAAUCACCAUUCAUAUCCGAGAUCUCACCAUCUCGAACCUCCCAGCUCAAAAAUAAGUUGUAUCUCAUCUUGUGUCAAGCUGUAUCGACCGUCAAGUUGGCAGAUCCUCAUGUUAGCUCUCUUCCCGAUUCUCAACUCCUCUCAUACUGUGCUAGUAAGUUUCUCAGCGAGGCACCUGUUGUCACAGGAAUUCCAUUUUCAUCACAAAUGGAAUCGAAAAUCACAGUAGUGCAGCAGUUUCUUGAAAAAGACAACUCGAAAGGUCUUGCUCCUCGUAUUAUCUAUACUGCCUUCAAGGGAUUGCUUCAUUACACAAUCAACUACGUCGUUACUGAUUCGUCAGCUACAGUAUCGAACACGGAGUUGACAAACAAGCUUCGUGAACAAGGUAAUAACUUGAUGUCGAAUCUGGCCUUUGCCCAGGCCAUCAAAGUGUACACCAAUGCCUUGGAUGUAGCUCGUCUAUCAUCUCACGAAUCAAUUCCUCAGUUACUCACCAAUAGAGCCAUAGCAUAUAUUGGUUUGUAUUGCUUCAUUGAAGCCAUCGAGGACUUGAACCGAGCCGUUUGUUUCGACAGAACGUUCACCCCAGCAUGGACUCAAUUGGGAUAUUGCCACCUCUAUAUGGGUAGUGGACUAACAGCGUUGAAAUGCUAUCUUCUCGCUUUGAAAUGUACGGCUGGAGAAAUAUUGCCUGUGGAUUUCCCAGCGAAUAACGCAGAAUUGAGAACUGCUUAUCGCGCUUCCAAAAUCAAGGCAGUACUUCCUCAAUUUGUCCUGAGGCUCUGUCAAUCAAUCGCGUUAACAGAAAAGAGAGCUUACCAACUGUACGAGUCAUCAGCUCAGAUAAGACAAACUGCUAGCGAAGUACGUAAAACUCUCGCUCUCUUGCGCGCAGAAUGUUCUGAAGAGGACCGUGAUUACUUUGCGUAUUUCCCCAACUUGCGAGACUCCAAUUUGCGGAACAUGGCUGAUAGAGCCAACCGUGCUCGUCCCAAUAUCUUGAGUCCAGAAGUGGCCCAGAACAUGAUGUCUAGUACAGGUGUAGAAACUGUUCAAAUACCUAGAGAAACUGUGGAAGGUCGAGCUGUUAGCAAUGAUGCUGCUCAACUGGCUGCCGUAGCGGCCGCAGCAGCCGCGGCAGCAGGAGCUAUACCAACUGUAACACCUAGAAGACCAAUGCCCCAAACAUUGAGAACCAAUGCUAGUGCAGUUGUAAAUAAUGCUACAACAUCCGGUGCUACUGGUGCUAGUUCUGGAGCAAGACCUAGUGCAAACCCUGCAGUGAACACUGUCAUAACAACUCCUGAUGGUAGAAUUUCUACUACCAACAAUUUUGCAUCAGCACAGUUUCCGCCAGUGCGUGACUUCUUUAACAAUUUUGGCGCAUACAUGGAAGACGAUAAUGAACACAGUAGACCAACACAAGAGCUGCCACAAACAGGGGACCGAGCACCGAGUCCUUCUGUUAGAGCUUACACAAUGCAUACAUCUGGCACUCCAGAAAACAUGUUCAGGGAUGUCAUACAGGGACUUGGAACCGUAAUUUCGACAUUCACACAAGAACAAUCACCGCCUGCUUCUGUAUUACAGCACCCGAGUGUUUCAGCAGCGCAGAGAGCAGCACGAGCAGCACAGUCGGCCGCACAAGCUGCACAUCGUGUUGGACAAGUUUUAACUCGUGAUAGAAGCGGAAACACCUCUGGAACUCCUGCCACGCGAGCCAAUCAACCAAGUCAAUCUCCUACUGACGAAGACAUAGAUAUGCCGGAUGAUUUAGACUAG